CAAGUUAUAUUUACUAUCUCUGACAUUGCCAUUGCUGCUUCUGAUGAUAUAAAAAUGAAAUAAAGAGAUGAUCAACUAAACAUGCUAAGAAGCAAAAGCAAUGGAACAAGAAGAUAUCUAUACCAAAGAUGGAACUAUUGAUUUCAGCGGCAAUCCUGCCAUCAAGAAGAAAACAGGAACCUGGAAAGCCUGCCCUUAUAUUCUUGGAAAUGAAUGUUGUGAAAGAUUAGCAUACUACGGUAUCAACACCAAUCUUGUUAAUUAUCUCAAAUUUCAACUGAAUCAGGGCAGCGUUCAGGCUGUCAACAAUGUCACAAAUUGGUCAGGCACGUGCUACGUAAUGCCAUUGCUUGGUGCUUUCUUAGCUGAUGCAUACCUGGGAAGAUAUUGGACAAUUGCUAGUUUCUCCAUAAUUUAUGUCCUUGGAAUGACAUUGUUAACAUUAUCAGCAUCUCUCCAUGGAUUAAUGCCAUCUUGCGAUAAUCAUACGAAUGUUUGCAAUCCAACAGGGAAGCAAACUGCAGUGUUCUUUUUAGGACUAUACCUUAUUGCUCUAGGUACAGGUGGGAUUAAGCCUUGUGUUUCUUCCUUCGGUGCGGAUCAAUUCGAUGACUCUGAUGAAGCUGAGAAGAAAAAGAAGAGUUCUUUCUUUAAUUGGUUCUAUUUUUCUAUUAAUAUUGGUGCUCUUGUUGCUUCCUCUGUGCUCGUUUGGAUACAAACAAAUGUGGGUUGGGGUUGGGGCUUUGGCAUCCCUGCAGUGGCAAUGGCAAUUGCUGUUAUGACUUUCUUUUCAGGUAUCAAGUUGUAUAGAAAUCAAAGACCUGGAGGAAGUCCACUGACGCGUAUCUGCCAAGUGAUUGUCGCAUCCCUGAGAAAAUUUAGGGUACAAGUGCCUAAGGAUGAGUCUCUUCUGUUUGAAACUUCUGAUGAGGAAUCUGCUGUCAAAGGAAGCCGCAAGCUUGACCACACAGAACAAUUAAGUUUCUUUGACAAGGCAGCAGUGGAGACGCCCUCAGAUUGUGUUAAAGGCUCAGUAAACAAGUGGAGUUUAUGCACUGUGACUCAAGUUGAAGAGCUGAAGUCCGUCAUUAGAUUGCUUCCGAUUUGGGCAACUGGCAUAAUCUUUUCUGCUGUAUAUAGUCAAAUGGGAACCUUAUUUGUCCUGCAAGGCAAUACGAUGGAUCUUCAGAUGAGCCGGUCCUUCGAAAUCCCUUCUGCUUCUCUUUCGCUUUUCGACACCAUUAGUGUAAUCUUCUGGGUGCCCAUUUAUGACCGUGUCAUCGUGCCAAUUGCCAGAAGGUUCACAGGUCAUAAAAACGGAUUCACCCAGCUCCAACGAAUCGCAAUCGGCCUUGUUAUCUCCAUCGUUGCAAUGAUGGUAGCUGGUACAUUGGAGAUGGUGAGACUCCGCCAAGUUCGGAAGCACAACUACUACAAACUCAAGCAUAUUCCAAUAUCUAUAUUUUGGCAGGUUCCUCAGUAUUUCAUCAUAGGAUGUGCAGAGGUUUUCACUUUUAUUGGACAAUUGGAGUUCUUUUAUGAGCAGGCACCUGACGCAAUGAGGAGCCUCUGCUCAGCCCUGUCACUCACAACUGCUGCACUUGGAAACUACUUGAGUACUCUGCUGGUAAAUGUUGUUACAGAUUUGAGUACAAGACAUGGCAGCCCAGGAUGGAUACCUGACAAUUUGAAUUAUGGCCAUCUUCACUAUUUCUUCUGGCUUUUAGCUGUUUUGAGUUUGGUAAACCUGGUGGUCUACCUUUUGGUUGCAAGGGCAUACACUUACAAGAAAGCUGUGAUAUCAAGCCAUUGACAAGAAUAUCAAUUGCACAACCUUUUUCUGAUUUACAAGAAAUUAAAUCUUUUUUCUUUUUUCCAUGAAGAUUUAAGGACAAGAGCUAGAAAGCACUUCUUAUGCUUGUUUAGACCUAACAAUAACAAGAAAUAUUUCAAUAUCGCAAUAUCUAUAAUUCAAUGAAUUUUAGUUUA